GCAAUACUAUGCCUAUCGGUGCUGACCGUCAGCACCGGUAAGACAAUCGACGUCUCGACGGCUAAAGAGCUGUUGGCGGCGCUCAAAGACGUGUCGGCCGGGGAUGUGAUAGCGUUGGCCGACGGCGAGUAUCACAACAAAUUCAUAGCCAACACCAGUGGACAGGAGGGCAAACCCAUCACUUUACAGGGCACUAAAAAAGCAGUUAUAUCCGGUUAUAACUAUGGAUUUUGGCUUCAGGCCGACCACUGGGUGCUCAAGGGCUUUACGGUAACCAAUAGUAAUAAGGGUAUUGUGUUGGACGGCGCCAAUCAUAACAUACUGGAGGACCUGGAGGUACACGAUAUCAAACAAGAGGGCAUCCAUUUUCGUAAGAAUAGCGCCGAUAAUAUACUGCGCGAGUCGUACGUACACAAGACCGGCACCGGUAGUCCCGGCUUUGGCGAAGGUGUCUAUAUUGGGUCAGCGGUGAGCAAUUGGGAGGACAAUAAGCCGGACAAAAGUGACCGAAAUCAAGUGCUAAACAACCGGAUCGGACCUAAUGUGGCCGCAGAAGAGAUCGACAUCAAAGAGGGCUCGUGUUGUGGUGUCAUUAAAAACAACGUGUUUGACGGCACGGGUAUGUCGGGUGAGAAUUACGCCGAUUCCUGGAUUGACGUUAAGGGCGACGGCUAUACCAUUGAGGACAACACCGGCGAACACACACUACUCGAUGGCAUACAAAUACACCAAAUUGCCGAUGCUAAUAUGGGUGGCUGUGGCAACAAGAUUAUUCAUGAUAAAUGCAAAGGCACUGUAAAGGGAAAGUGCGUUAACGACACCAGCAAAACAUGUAAAACCAAGAAUAUUAUUGAAGAAUAAGCAGGCAAUAA